AUGCAGGUCAGCGGACUGUAUUGUAGGCGUCAUAGCCAAUGGUAGGUGGGUGUCAUGUGUUUGUUCAGAGGCGAAGGCAUUUCGUGCACUCAUUCGCAGCUGCGACAUCCUACUCGACGCCUGCCGACAGCGGCUGGGCCCGUGGGUGAGCUGAGUGAGACGCGUGAAGGUGUGCCUCAGCGCACUCAUUGCCCGUGUCUGUGUGGAUGACGUAGGACUGAUGGGGGGAACCUGUCUGUCGGCAACAAGGUGUGGGUAUUCGGUCUCGUCAACGGCCCCGAGUACAACGGGCUGUCGGGUUGGCUGACAGCCCGGCAACAACACAAACAAAAUACGGUGAGCUACUGCGGCAGAUAAUGUCAUCACGUGUGCGUGUAGGUCCACCCAUCCGUGUGUGUGCUGUGCAUGCGUGCAGGUAUGGCGUGACGUUGUCUGUGGGUGGUGUGGUGAGAUCUUUCGCUCGGAGUAGCCUCCGCCUCGCGGAUCAGCUGCCGAUCGAUGACGACAAGCUUAUCACGAUCAUGAACCUACUUAUGCCUGGCAUGAAUAUCGCGAUGAGCUGACAGACCAGACAGGCAGAGGGAGAGAGGGUGGAGGGAUAGGUACGUUACACACACUUGCGCUGGCCGACGAACUGACUGUAUAGCCUUUCUUGCUUCUCUGUAUACCUACUGAUGUGGCGGGCGAGACCUCGCAAUGGCCACGUGGCGCGUGAGGCUGUAGGAGAUAAAGGGCCUUUGUACAUACUUUGCCGUGUGCGGUGCCAUGCCUUCCUUCUCUCUCUCCCUCUCUCUCUCUCUCUCUCUGUCUGCGCCACUCUGUGCCACGAGUCUCCCCGUGAAUCACUUAUGUGGCUUAGGUAGCUUUCUUGCGCGCGCCGCGUGCGGCCAUAACAACAGACAGACGACACUCGUCGCCCUCGGCCAUCGGUUUUUCUGAGCGGUGCGUGCCGUAGGGCGCUUCCCUCUCUCUCUCCAUGUCUUUUCCUCCCUCGCGUGUCACCAUCGCAUGUGCGUGCAUGUCGUGGCGGAGAGAGCGGGGCAGGGCUGCAUUCCUUCAUCACACGCGCCGCGUGAGUGAAUGUUCAGACUGAAAAAUGGUGAGCAUGUCGUGUGUCCGGAAGACGCAUUUGAUGUCCAUACAUGAUUCGAAUGAAUCCACAUA